AUGAAGACAAUCUCCUUCUGCGCCAAAAGUCUGAGUCGGGACGAGACUGAGCGGAGACAGAGGAUGUGGAUCCAGGGGGGUCUGGCUCACAAGGGUCUGGCUCACAGAGGUCUGGCUCACAGGGGUCUGGCUCACAGGGGUCUGGCUCACAGAGGUCUGGCUCACAGGGGUCUGGCUCACAGGGGUCUGGCUCACAGGGGUCUGGCUCACAGGGGUCUGGCUCACAAGGGUCUGGCUCACAAGGGUCUGGCUCACAGGGGUCUGGCUCACAGGGGUCUGGCUCACAGGGGUCUGGCUCACAAGGGUCUGGCUCACAAGGGUCUGGCUCACAGGGGUCUGGCUCACAGGGGUCUGGCUCACAAGGGUCUGGCUCACAGGGGUCUGGCUCACAAGGGUCUGGCUCACAGGGGUCUGGCUCACAGGGGUCUGGCUCACAGCGGUCUGGCUCACAGGGGUCUGGCUCACAAGGGUCUGGCUCACAGAGGUCUGGCUCACAGCGGUCUGGCUCACAGGGGUCUGGCUCACAGAGGUCUGGCUCACAGGGGUCUGGCUCACAGGGGUCUGGCUCACAGCGGUCUGGCUCACAGGGGUCUGGCUCACAGGGGUCUGGCUCACAGCGGUCUGGCUCACAGGGGUCUGGCUCAAAGGGGUCUGGCUCACAGGGGUCUGGCUCACAGGGGUCUGGCUCACAAGGGUCUGGCUCACAAGGGUCUGGCUCACAAGGGUCUGGCUCACAGGGGUCUGGCUCACAGCGGUCUGGCUCACAGGGGUCUGGCUCAAAGGGGUCUGGCUCACAAGGGUCUGGCUCACAGGGGUCUGGCUCACAAGGGUCUGGCUCACAAGGGUCUGGCUCACAAGGGUCUGGCUCACAAGGGUCUGGCUCACAAGGGUCUGGCUCACAAGGGUCUGGCUCACAGGGGUCUGGCUCACAGGGGUCUGGCUCACAAGGGUCUGGCUCACAGAGGUCUGGCUCACAGGGGUCUGGCUCACAGCGGUCUGGCUCACAGGGGUCUGGCUCAAAGGGGUCUGGCUCACAGGGGUCUGGCUCACAAGGGUCUGGCUCACAAGGGUCUGGCUCACAAGGGUCUGGCUCACAAGGGUCUGGCUCACAGGGGUCUGGCUCACAAGGGUCUGGCUCACAAGGGUCUGGCUCACAGGGGUCUGGCUCACAGCGGUCUGGCUCACAGGGGUCUGGCUCAAAGGGGUCUGGCUCACAGGGGUCUGGCUCACAGGGGUCUGGCUCACAGGGGUCUGGCUCACAGCGGUCUGGCUCACAGGGGUCUGGCUCACAGGGGUCUGGCUCACAAGGGUCUGGCUCACAAGGGUCUGGCUCACAAGGGUCUGGCUCACAAGGGUCUGGCUCACAAGGGUCUGGCUCACAGGGGUCUGGCUCACAGCGGUCUGGCUCACAGGGGUCUGGCUCAAAGGGGUCUGGCUCACAGGGGUCUGGCUCACAGGGGUCUGGCUCACAGCGGUCUGGCUCACAGGGGUCUGGCUCAAAGGGGUCUGGCUCACAGGGGUCUGGCUCACAAGGGUCUGGCUCACAGGGGUCUGGCUCACAGGGGUCUGGCUCAAAGGGGUCUGGCUCACAGGGGUCUGGCUCACAAGGGUCUGGCUCACAAGGGUCUGGCUCACAAGGGUCUGGCUCACAAGGGUCUGGCUCACAGGGGUCUGGCUCACAAGGGUCUGGCUCACAAGGGUCUGGCUCACAUGGGUCUGGCUCACAAGGGUCUGGCUCACAAGGGUCUGGCUCACAUGGGUCUGGCUCACAAGGGUCUGGCUCACAUGGGUCUGGCUCACAAGGGUCUGGCUCACAUGGGUCUGGCUCACAAGGGUCUGGCUCACAUGGGUCUGGCUCACAAGGGUCUGGCUCACAAGGGUCUGGCUCACAGGGGUCUGGCUCACAAGGGUCUGGCUCACAAGGGUCUGGCUCACAUGGGUCUGGCUCACAAGGGUCUGGCUCACAUGGGUCUGGCUCACAAGGGUCUGGCUCACAAGGGUCUGGCUCACAGGGGUCUGGCUCACAAGGGUCUGGCUCACAAGGGUCUGGCUCACAAGGGUCUGGCUCACAUGGGUCUGGCUCACAAGGGUCUGGCUCACAUGGGUCUGGCUCACAAGGGAACCAGGACAAUAGACGACUUUCAACUUUAA